AUGGACUUGGUGGGGAGACACUUUAGUCCUGUAGGUGGCAGUAAUGCCACCAUAACGCUAGUAGCCAACCACAACACAGAAGAAAAAGUGUGUUGACUGUUCACGGAUUUGCUAGCUAGUUUUUUGUAAUAAUGGUUACUCCAUUAUUUAGACGUGGCCCGUUUGAUUUUGGUUAAAAGUAAGAGGCUUGGGGGGGGGGGGGGCUUUAAUGUUCCGUGCAGCUAAUUUAAAGACCAUCAGUAAAGCGGGAACCAGCUGGCACUUCAGCCAGACGAUGGACGAGCUGGUCCACGACCUGGUUUCGGCGCUGGAGGAGAGCUCGGAGCAGGCCGCACGGGGAGGCUUCGGCGACGGGGGGGACCAUGCACUGGCUGUGGGCUGCCUGCUGAAGAGACAGGCUCGGAAACGUCGCGGGAGGAAGAGACGCUCGGACAACCCCCACCCACCCUGGGACACUGGCCACCUCAGUGAGGGCUCGGAGUCCAGCCUGGACGAACACAAGGACUACCGUGCCACGGCAGGCGGCGUUGCAAGCAGCAACAGCCAUGCCCGGGACAAUAGUGACUCUGACGAGCAGCUAGGGCCCAAACGCCGCACCCCCCUUAACCCCGACGCGGGACGUGGCAAGCGCCCCCUCUGGCAGGAGGACCUAGGAGUGGGAAGCUCUGAGGGGUCACGGAGUUUAAGACGCCGCCGGAAGGUCAAACGCAUGGCCGUUGACCCCCCCCCGGAGCCCGUGACCUCCAGUGGCGCCACGACCAUGCUGGGGCCACCGCCUGUCCCCAAGCCACAUGCGGAGUGCCGGAUGCCUGGUGCCAGUCCCGCUGAGGGCAGGGGGGGGAUGGAGCCGGGGGUCGGCGGGGGAAAGAGCCGAGUGAAGAAGAGGAAACUGGCGGCCCACAGGCUGGGGCUGGAUGCCACCGAUGAAGGGGUGGUGGUGGAGAGUGAGGACGCCAUUAUGGAGCAGGCAGGGCCCAAGGACAAGAUGGAGUUUGAGGAGCAGAAGGGCUCGGAUGAGGACAUGAGUGACAGGUGUGAGACCAGCAGCGUGAGCAACAGCAGCGACGGAGGACUGUACACCAAUGAUGAGGGGAGGCAAGGGGAUGAUGAGCAGAGCGACUGGUUCUAUGAGGGGGAGCCCGGGGGAGCGUGCGGUGUGGCAGGAGUGAUUCCCUGGUGGGAGAGGGAGGCAGAGGAGGAACUGGACCUGGUUGACCCGGUCUUCAACAGCAUCCUCACCGGAUCCUUCCCCAUCAUGAGCCCCGGGGCACAGAGAGGGUUCCAGGCCCGGCUGAGCCGACUGCACGGUGGGCCUCACAGCCAGGGAGGCUCUGGAAGACACCACCAGGACCCCCACUCACACGGCCCUUGGUUUAGUUCCGGGUCGAGACGAGAACAUGGCCAGAUGCACUGGGACUCCCGGCCUGACCGAGGCCACCGGAGAAGCUGCUCAGUGAAGACCGCCAGCAGGCAAACGAGCGGACACCUGGGGUCUCUCUGUACAGGGGACGUCAAGAGGAGACGUAAAGCAGCACCCAUCGGCUUACCUCCGCCUACGGGGGUGGUAGGUGAAAGUGCAGGGCCUAUCCCAGAGACCAACAUGGGGAACCGGAUGCUACAGAGUAUGGGCUGGAGCCCCGGUAUGGGCCUGGGUCCGGAGGGCAGGGGCAUCACUGAGCCAGUCCGGGCCACACAGAGACCCAAGGGAGCGGGCCUGGGUUUUAACUGAACAGGUCAGGCUAGUAGACUUGAAUGUAGACGGAACAUACUGGGAGCGGGGAGGACUGGUCAGCACUCCCUGGAAAACAGAGUAAAGAAGCAGCUGAGCUGGACGGAGGAACUUGUGCAUGUCACCAAGACCGCUUUUAACUAAAGGAGGACAACAUAAAUAAAGACUGGAAGUGUACUUCAGGUUUCCAACAUUUCUAUCAGGGAAAAGAGAAGGAAUUAAAAGACACCAGGCAUUGUAAUUGGGUUGAUUUGUAUGAUAAAGGCUCUGCAAAUACACAUUCUCUUCAAUCAGUGAUUCAUUUUCUGUAAAGCGGAACCAAAUUGUCUUUCAUUGAACUGGUUGACGAAAUAUGUUUUAGGUAAAUAUCAUUGGAAACAUCAAAAUUGCUAUUUUGUGUCCAUGUGGUAGAAGUUCUUGCUUUUAAAUUGCUGUUGCAACACUACAUUAUAUUAGCAUUACUCCCGAGUAACUACAAUGGUAUUACAUGGAGCUAAUUAUUUGCUUGGUUAGUAUAAAAAGGUGACUGCAGUAAGUGCUGCCUGAGGUGAAGGUAGUGAAAUGUUUCGGUUGUAGUUAGUCUGGAAUAAGGUUAAUGAAAUGUAACUGCCAAAUGUUUUUUUUAUGCCUUUAAAGGCCCAGUGCAGUCAGAAGUGAUUUCCCUGUUUUCUGGCUGAUAGUUUGACAUUGAUUCCAAAUCUGCCAAUCAGGUCCAUGUAUGUAAAUAUCUUAAUUCGUUUAGUAACACCCAUUCGUUUAGUAACAAAUUUAAAGGGUUAAUUCUGAAGCUCUGGUAAAUAAAUUAAUGAAUAAAACAUCAUUUUGGCAUUUUUUUUUUUUUUUUUUAAUAAGCGCACAGGAUUGAACACAGUUAUUGAUGAUUUAGAAAAAUAUCAGAGACUGCAUUAUGGGCUUUACAUUAUAUUUCGGAUAUUGAUCGGUUAUGUUCAGGUGAGUAGAUAAUCACUUCCCAAAUCUGUUCCUGGAGAGCUAGUGUCCUGCAGUUUACUCUCUAACCCCGGAUAGGAUUAUCCUGAUUUAGCUUUUCAUCCAUUUAACUAUUACAAUCAGGUGUGUUAGAAUGAAUGUAAGGAGAGAACCUACAGGCUUUCCAGGAACAGGGUUGGGAAGCCCUUAUAUAGCUGGUGUAGGGAAGAGUGUCAUGAAUGAUUCAGGAAAGGAAUCCUUCUAUGGUUGUAUGGUGGAAUGGUUUACCGUGAACGCUCUUGAAUGGUUUCAAUUUUACCAGACUAGUUGCUGGGUGUAAGUAUCAAUCAUCACGUGAAAAUGUUAACUUUUGUCUGACAUGACAGCAAUCCUGUAAUUCAUUUACCCUCCCUUCUGUUUGGCUGGUAAAUAACUGAAAUAUGGUGGUAAAAAUAGGCUUGCCAAUAACUGCAAAACGAUUCCAAAUAUUGGAUCAGUUUGUCUUACAGCACACUGUUAACAGGAUGUUAUUACAGGAAUUAGCCAAACUGUUUUAAAUGUCCAUUCAUUCAAUAAAUAAGUGAUGCUGUUUAUACUAAUGGAAA